AUGUUCUCAACAUUUGGUAAAACAGCAAUAGGGAAAACUUUUUGGGAAGUUUUAAACAAUCCAACAAUCUUAGAUUUUGAUUAUUCUUAUGAUGAGCUUAGUGAUUUAGAUUUCAAAUUUCAAAAGUCCAAUAUAGGGGAAUUUAUUCAAACCAUAUUAUCAAUAUAUUGGUUCAUUAGUUGUUAUUUCAUUGAAUUUUAUAAUGAUUGGUCUAAAUUCCUUUUCCAGUAUGAUUUAAUCAAUUUUUUCCUGAGCUUUUUCAUUGAGUUUGAACCAUAUAAUCCAUCAUCAAAUAUUAAACAUAUUGGUUAUUUAUACAAUAAAAAUGAUAAUGAUGUUCAAUUAUUUUCAAAUAUGAGUAAAAUAGUUCAUUAUUGUUAUAGUGCAAAUAUUAAGAAACUUUCAAUCUUUUAUCAAAAUGAAAUGAAAUAUAAUGAUGCUGAAAUUGUUUUCAAUCUUUUAAAAUAUCUGAUUCAAUAUGAAUUUAAAGUAUAUAAUGAUGAUUCUUAUAAAAUUGAAUUUCUUGUUGGUGAGAAAAGUUUUGAAAUUAGUAAUAUGAUUACAGAUGAACCUGCUAAAUUGAUUAUUAACUUGAAUUAUAAUGUUGAUGAUGUUGAUAUGUUAUUGAUUGAUGAAAAACCAGUUAAUGGGGCCCAAUUUAAAUUACCAGUGGUUAACAAUGAUCCAAGAUAUAAGAAAAGAGUUUAUAUUGUUAAACAAUAUUCAAUUGGAAAUUUAAAUAAAUUGGUUAUUGAUGCUGAUGGAUCCAGGGAGAAUAGUUUUAUAGACACAGUUAAUGAAUUGGUUCCUCAAUCAUGGCAAUUGAAUCCAAAUAUUGAUGAUUUCUUUAUGGAAUUUUGA